UUCAAAACUGAUUGACAUAUUGAAAAAAAUCUGAAAAUAUUUAUAUUUAUUGUUAUUUCCUAAAGCAUAGAGCUGUCCACAAAUAUGGAGUCUGCGUUGUCAUCACUUAGUUACCUUCCAACAGCUAAGAACCAUUUUGAACACUAGCAAGUGAUCUGGAACAUCCAGGCUGAAAUGUUCUAGAUCACAGUGCCCGGGUUAGAUGGAUUCUUAUUUUCACUGGAUGGAGUUAUCAAAAGAGUUGCCCUUAUAGGUCAAAGUAUAUUUAUGGCUAUUCUUUCUUCAGCCUUUUUUUGGAGACUCCUCAAAGGACAAUUUAAGUUGGCCUUUGGCCUGGAUGCCUGUUACUGGAUGCCUGUUAGGAGGAAGCUGAAUUCAAAUUCAAUAAACAUGUAUUAAGUACCUGUUACAUGCAAAAGAGAGAGAUACAAAGUUUACAUAGGACUCGAUCCCUGACCCCAGAGAGCUUACAGUCUGAGGGAAAAAGAUACAUUUGCUUCUAAUACAAUAAUACAUGGUCACAGUAAUGAAAGGCAGUAAUAGAAAUAAGGAUCAUUCAGGAGAAGGGGAAGGAACUGGAAAACGACCAAAGAGGAAGUGUCUUCAGUGGCAUCCAUUACUAGCAAAGAAACUCCUUGACUUUUCUGAAGAGGAGGAAGAGGAAGAGGAAGAAGAAGAUAUUGAUAAGGUCCAACUUCUUGGAGCUGAUGGCCUAGAGCAUGAUGUAGAUGAGAAUGAAGAUGAUGAAUCUUCAGAGCAGAGAGCUCGUAGACCAAUGAAUGCAUUUCUUUUAUUUUGCAAACGCCAUCGCUCCCUUGUACGUCAGGAACACCCCCGGCUGGAUAACCGUGGUGCUACCAAGAUACUGGCUGAUUGGUGGGCAGUUCUAGACCCAAAGGAAAAACAGAAAUAUACAGACAUGGCCAAGGAGUACAAAGAUGCAUUUAUGAAAGCCAAUCCUGGCUACAAAUGGUGUCCUGCAACAAACAAACCUGUGAAAUCCCCAACACCCACUGUUAAUACACGAAAAAAGCUGUGGGCCUUUCCAUCUGACUCUGGAAAAGAUUUACCUAGCCCCAAGAAAGCAAAGACUGAAGAAAUGCCUCAGCUUAACUUUGGGAUAGCAGAUCCUACACAAAUGGGAGGCCUAAGCAUGCUGCUUUUGGCUGGGGAACAUGCUCUGACUGCACAAGAGAUAUCUUCAAACACAUCACAUCCAGAGGCUCCUGCUCCUGCCAAACAGUGUGAAGAGUCAGCCCUGUUUCAAUUUGCAGAGAUCUCUUCAAAUACAUCGCAAUUGGGAAGUCCUGAGCCAACGAAACGCUGUGGGAAGUCGGCACUCUUCCAACUAGCAGAGAUGUGCCUGGCAUCAGAAGGAGUAAAAGUAGAAGACUCAAAGGUAAUGAAAGCAAAAGAAUCAGAAGGGAGAAACAUGGAAGAAUCUGAGAAGGGAAAAGUGGAAAGGGAAAUAAAAGUAGAGAAAUCAGAGGAAGACAAGUUGCAGAAGAAGAUAGAAUUGGAAAAGCCAACUGAAGAAAUAGUCAGAGACAGCCUGAGUGUCAAAAACAUUGAGGAGAUUAAGGUGGACCAAAUGAAGGAGGGAAAGAAGGAAGAUGCUGAAGAGAUGCAAAAGGAAGAGUUGAGGGAAGAUAAAAAGUGUAGCCACUUUAUUGAUCCUUCUUCCUCCAACAGUAGUAAGCCAGUCACAAGUGAUGGUCCCAGCAGAAAAGAUCCCAUAUGUCAUUCUCAUGAAGCUGUGAUCAUUGAGGACACCUCAGGGUUAAGCAAACCAGAGAAGUUAAAAAAGAAAAAGAAGAAGAACAAAAUGGACCGACAUGGGAAUGAAAAGUCUACUCCCAAGAAAACCUGCAAAAAGAGGCAAUCCUCGGAGUCUGAUAUUGAGAGUGUUAUAUAUACUAUUGAGGCAGUUGCAAAGGGAGACUGGGGCAUUGAGAAAUUUGGUGAAACCCCUCGCAAAAAAGUUCGUACAUCCUCAAAUGUGAAAGGAAGCAUUCUGGACACAAAGUCACCAAAGAAAAAAGUGAAGUCAAAAGAGAAGAAGAUGUCAAAGGAGAAACUGUCAAACACCACCAAAGAGUCCAAGCCUCUGGAUUUCCUUAGUAUUACUGCCAACAAAGAAGUUACUGAAGAGGUACCAGAGUGUGUAAAAGCAGAACCAUUGACUCCGACGGAGGAGGUUCUACCACAGAGCUUGCCAGGACAGGUCAAAACAGAGGAGAGUGACUGUAAUAGAAAGAUAGAAAUCUGUGGCUCCAGGAAAUCUGAGAGGUCUUGCAAAGGUGCUCUUUAUAAAACUCUGGUGUCAGAGGGCAUGCUUACAUCCCUGCGAGCUAAUGUGGACAGAGGGAAAAGAAGCUCAGGAAAAGGCAGCUCCUCUGAUCAUGAAGGGUGUUGGCAUGAAGAAAAUUGGGCGUUUACCCAGUGUGGGACAAGUGGAAGUAAGAAGCUAAAAAGACCAAAGCCAAAGGAAGAGUUUGUCCUUGGCUUAGCAAAGCUGGAAGAAGAAUUUGAAAAAAAAUUCAAUAGCCUUCCUCAAUACAGCCCUGUCACAUUUGACCGGAAAAGUGUAUCUGUUCCAAGAAAAAAGAAGAAGACUGGAAAUGUUUCAUCAGAACAGACUAAAACCAGCAAAGGUUCAUUCCAGUCUCAGAAAAAGAACCUAUUCCACAAAAUUGUCAGCAAAUAUAAGCACAAAAAGGAGAAGCCUAAUGUUCCGGAAAAAGCCAUACUUUCAGAAGAUAAAAACACCACUGAGCCUCCCCGCAAGACUAAAGAUGCCCCAUCAGUUCCAAACACUCCAGAGCCAACAACAAUGCAAGAGCCUUUGGUUGGCAGCCAAAAGAGGAAAGCAAGGAAAACGAAGAUCACACAUCUUGUCAGGACAGCAGAUGGCCGGGUGUCACCAGCAGGAGGUACUUUGGAUGACAAACCCAAGGAACAACUGCAGGGUAGUCUCCCUAAAGCAUCAGCUACAGAAACAGAUUGCAAUGAGGAAUGCUCACAAAACAUGGAAGCAGAGGAGAUUCGUAGUAUCACACCAGACAUGCCAGCUGUGUCUGCGUUCUUCAGCCUAGCUGCUCUGGCUGAGGUAGCAGCAAUGGAGAAUGUGCACAGAAAUCAGCGGGCAACUCCCCUUGCCCACGAUGGACAGCCAAAAGAAAUGCCACAGGCUCCCGUACUUAUUUCCUGCGCUGACCAGUGAAGCUCCCCUUUAUUGUAAAACAUUGUGCUUUACCUAAUAUCCUAGCCUUGUCUUUACCAAGGGAAGCUAGUCAGUCCAUAGGAUGGAAAAUAUAGAUUGCAAACACGUGAUUGGUGCCCUGCACGGCCCAGAUUUCACUUGAAGCCAGAAGUUAGCAACUUGGGCCAGGUCGUCCAAUUGGAACCCAGAUCUUUGAGGGGGAUGUUAUUUGUCCGAUAAUGAACAGAUUGAGAAUGAUCCUGGAGCUUUGCUUUCUAUUGAAGGCUUUUAAUGGUAAAUUGGUGGUAACUUGGAAGUGGCUGCCUUUACUGUAGCUCAUCCAGCGUCUCUUUUACCAACCAGAGAGUGUGAAACUAGUUUCGUAUAAUAUCUAGUUAUUCUUUGAAAAAAAAAACAAAAACAACAAAAAAAGAAACAAAAACAAACUGAUGCACUGCACUAGUUAUUAUUAGAUAUUCUUAGUCAUUUUUGUACAUGGAGAUUUAAGUUCUAAGAUGGUUUAUAUAAUAGGUUAUGCCUACAUUUAUAUUAUAGAAUAAAUUAAAAAACCUGUUCCAGAGAACCCCAAACAGCAUGGGCAGACGUACCAUUGUUAGCGGUGUAUGCUCAGCCACGUGGUCCAUAUAUUCUGCACUUUUAUAUUUGCCACCAGAGUGGUAGUUUGCUGGCGAAAAGAAAAAAAAAAGUCUUACUCAACUUCUAGGUAGGCUGAGUCGUAGGCUUGACUAGUCAAGGAGAAUUUGCAUAGGGUAAAUUGUGGUUUAUAUUUACCAAGAUGGAGGACAAGUCCUGCAGAUUACUGAUGGUAUCAUGCCUUGAGGAUUCUUUUAUUUUUUACAAAGGGGUCUAAGUGACCAGUGGAACAUUGAUACAAACAAAUAAAAUGAAACAAACAAAAAAAAAAGGACAGAAAAAUUGUUCAGAAGUGACCUUAGUAUUACUUCACUAUUCUGAAAACAUUGAAGACAUUGAAUUCAUGUGGACUCUGAGACACAUACCUUUUCUAUCUCUCACAGACACACUGGACUGGGUUGCGAUUGCUAUGCACAGCCUAAAUUGGCGCUGCAGGAUUUUUUAGAGCCAUUUAGAGUUUGUGUUGGUUAAGAGGUAUGUGAGCAAAUAAUGAUGAGAGGGAUGCUUGACCCGAGUGGGGCUAUCAAACCUAGAUCCACCUGCCAGUUCCCAUUUCUUUUUUGUGUUUUGUUACUUUGGAACAUUAGACCAUAGAUAGGCCAGUGCCAAGUGGAUCAGCUGGCUUAGAACAUUCAACAUAUUGACUUAACCACCUGACUUUCCCAGUGACUUGUUUCCUAGCAACAGAUGCAAAGUGAUAAAUCAAAAUUAGUCUGAGGCUACAAAUUCUACAGGGUAUUUGUUCCAUAGCACAAAGUAUUUCCCUUCUCUUGCAUCACAGCACAAAAACAAAACAAAACAAAACAAAAAACAAAUUUUAAUUAUCAGACUCCAGCAAUAUGUUUUUUUUUUAAAUUGGUCUUCAUACUGGCUGAAUUUUGAUAGUGUUAGGUCGAGUUUGAAGCUCUUAAAUUAGGUCUCUAAAUGAUGAGAGUUUACAUGGUUUUAUCAGGCCUUCUUAUUUAUACUUGACUGAAUUGAUAAUGAUGAUUUUUUUGUAAUUGUAAUUUGAUGUAAUAGCCAUACAAAAAAAAAAGUAACUCUUAAUACAGACUAGGUUUAGCUUUCCAUGGUUGUAGAUAUGACUUCAGUUUCGGUGCUGAAAAAUAUGUACAACAUACUACACAGGAAUGAAAAAAAAUGGAGAUUUUUUUAAAAAAAGCAACUGAUAAAGAGAGCAAUGAAGAUAGAAGGCAUUUGGAAUGAUGUCCUCAAAAUAUACUCUUUGUGGGUUUGGAGGAAGAAGGACUAGAAAAAGGUUAAUCCAAGGUGAAAGCUUAAUCCCAAUCAGGUAGCACUGAACCUAGUAAACAGUCCCAACAAAUACAUCGUACCUUAGGUUUUUACUAUAAACCUGUUUUAUUAAUGUUUUCUAAAUUUUAAAAAGUGAAUGUUUGAAAAUUGCUGGGUCCCAGUGUGGUGGCUGUUGGAGUUUUUGGACCACUUGCUAGCAGUGAUUUAGAAAUUAGCUAAAAACCCAAAAAUCGUACGGUGCAGACCAUGCACCUUGACAAUGGUACUAACUUGUUAUUCUAUAGAACACGUUAGAAUAGGUCUAUUUUUGCCAGAGCCUCCUCCAAUCUUCCUCCAAUUACAUUUCACUAGUGUUCCUUAAGAGAUUGCUGUAUAUUAAUGGGACCUUUUUUUAAAAAAAGACAAAAAAAAGAAACAAAAGGAUUACUUUUUUCUAUGUGAAUUAAUAUCUUACUUGAUCUGCUUUUCCUAAACCUCAGUGGCUUUUCCCUUAGGUGGGGCAGGGUGGGUGGGGAGAACUUACUGGAUAUGACUGUUUUCAGAUACUUAUAAAACUUUUUUUGUAGAAAUGCUUAAUUUUUAAGCAGUUAGGCACUGAGAGCAGCAGAAAUCCUGCAAAGCUUUAUAGUUCUCUAGGCCCUUGCCUUGUUGUUUCUCUGAGUGAAGUCUUGAUUUCAAUAGCUAGAACUGCUCACGCCCUGAAUCUGCUACAGAGGGGUGUUGAUAUUUUUCAGGUAACACAGUUUGUUAGCACAAAUAUUUCAGACCAACAUUUAAUGUUUUCUUUUCUUCAAGUUAUUUUAAUUGCAUUCUUUUGGUUUUUUGUAAAGUCAUAUUGCUAUGGUGUGUUCUUUAGUAUGCCAGCAAACACUGUCCCACAAGCCUCCUCGAGAAAAAAAAAUGUUGCACCUUAUGUAUAUCUCAAGCAAACCAAAAUAUAAUGCUCUUCUGCUUUGUUUUUAUUCUAAAUAUGUUGUAUCAUAUCUUUCUGAAACCAUUCUGAAUUGAGUUGAAAUUAUCAAUAUUUAUGCAUUUAACCUUAAUUUCUGGAUUCAAACCUGUAUAUAAAUCUUUUGAAAAAAAUUGUCCUAGCCCUUCUCUGUGAUGCUGGAUAUGGGGGAUUUCGUCUCAAAGGGAGACGCAGUACUGUUCCCAUUUUCUUUGGCUUUUAUUUAUUUAGUUAUUCUGGGUAUUUCCAAUGUAAUUUUGAGGUAUGUAAAGUGUAUUAUAGUAGCUGAAGCUACACCUAUAAGAAGCUGCGUGAAAAAUUACUGUGUAAGGCAUCUUUUAAGUUUUAAUUGUUUGAGUACUGUAUAUGAGGUUGAGAAAAAGAAAAAAAAUGUUCCAUGGAAACAUUUUGAGAUACAGGUUCCGAUCCCCAAAUUAGGUUAUUUUCCAGAUCUGAGACCAAAACUGUUAAUUCAUUAAAAACCUUCUUAAGGUUAAAUCA